GUGACUGUCUGUCCAUGUUGCGCUCUACCCUUUACAUUUACGUCCCUUUUCUACCUCUAGGAUUCAGAACUCAUAAUAAAUGGUCUAAAAUCAAGCAACGCAAAGGAGCAGAGGAUGCUAAAAAAUCGGUAGUGUAUGGAAAAGCUAGUCGGGACAUCAUAGCCGCGGUACGAGGUGGUGGAUCUGCAAACCCAGAACAGAACUCUGCUUUAGCCUCUGUCAUUAGGAAAGCUAAAGACUCUGGAGUUCCGAAGGAAAAUAUAGAAACAGCAUUGGCGAAGGCCAGCCGAGGCAAGGAAAAAGGGCAACAGUCUGUAACAUACGAGGCGAUGUCCCACGGGUCGAUAGGAAUUCUCGUAGAAUGCCAAACAGAUAACGUCAAUCGGACAUUGCACAGUGUUCGUGAAAUUUUGUCAUCACAUGGAGCUCGACAAGCUCCUGUAAAGUUUCUUUUUCAACGACGAGGCCACAUUAAAGUAGAAGCUGAAGAAAGCAAACAAUCAUCAAUCAUCGAGGCUGCUAUGGAAGGUGGGGUUGAUGAUUUCCUCAGCUGGUCAGAUGAUCCAAUAGGUGUGAGCGGAGUAGAGUUUAUAUGCCCUCCCGAUCAACUGGCCAAUGUUACUUCUCAGAUCACUAAAUCGGACCCAUCCUGUAAGGUGCUCAUUAGUGAACUGGCCUAUGCUCCUGUGGAGAAUACCCAAGCUUGCGUAGAUGCAGUACGCUUGGAUGUUAGCAAUCUUGUCGAUGCUCUGGAAGAAGACAGCGAUGUGGUUCGAGUCUGGACUACUCUCGAAGACAACCCUUUCGAAUCAAACUGACAUACAGCACUGGUGUCCAACAAUAUACAGGCUAUGGUAUGCUACACAAAUUAGAUUAAUUCCAUUAUACAUGUCCCUCCAGCGUUCAACGUUCAACCGUGCUUCGUGUCAUAAACAAUCCGGAUGCAAGGACAUCCAUGCAGCUCCCUGCCAUCCUCCAAGUUGGAUAAUUCUGGCACUUUCAGCUAGUACAGUCAGCUCUCGAAAUUUCGUCACUCCAGCUCGUUUAUAUAUAGCUUUAUCCUUUGCUACUAGGCUUAAAGCAAUGUUCGAUCGGAGUGGCUGGGAAACUCCCCUUGCGCGUUCCUGCAGAAGCAGCUCUACCAGAAGUUGGAAUUGCGGUGGGACAGGUUUUGGAAUAGCUGAUUGUGCUUGUGGUUUAGCAAUCACAACAUCUGUUGGAGAAUCUGUGACUCCUGCGGAAUUGAUGUGGGCCGACGAAGCUACAGGUGCUAGGGUGGUAACGAGAGCGCGAGUUUCUGCUUGGUGCUUUUCUAGAUCCUUAUAAAGUGGUGGAACAACAGGUCCUGUUGAGAACACCGAGCUAGUCUGAUGUACAUGUGCAAUGUUGGCCUCGGGGAUUCCGCAGCAGCUCUCUGCUGGAAAAGGGGCAAUGGCCAUCACAUCAUCAAACAUAACAUCUUUAGGCAAUGAGUAGGAUCGAGGUCGCUCAUGCGAUUGGAACGUUAUUGGUGUUUGUGGCUGAGUCGAAACGGUGUAAUCUUCCUUUUUUGCAGCGAUUCCGCGUGUAUCCUUUGUUAAGCCAGAUUCGACGCCUAGCUCGAAAUCCUUUGCUGUGUUGAUGAUUUCAAUGGAGAUGGUACUAUAAUCGCCUUGGUGCCCGUCUCUCUUUGAUCCAGGAUGUUCUCGACCUGCGACUGCUAUCGGAGAAUGGAUCCUGGCCGUGGAGGGAGCGUUAUGUGUUGCAACUUGAAUGAGGGAGCUUUGCCCACCAUCAAGCAUGGCCUUGGAUAGUGACUCAGCUUGUCUUUCCUUCUCUGUGAUCAGAGCGUUUUUAGACUUCAAUACAGGAAUGAAAAGCUUUGCAGAAGGUCUAAGCGGUUGACUGGAUCUAGCAACGGGUGAGUCCACAGAAGGAUCUCUGGUCGUAUGGCCACUGUCAGGUGGGGCCUGUGGUUUUGCUACAUUCAGUGUGGGUGGCGAGAUACGGCCGUCAUUGUGGACUUGAUUCGAGCUUAUACCCUGCGAGGGUAUGGGCGAUUCCUGGAGUACUGUCGUCGAAGACCGACUACG